AUGUCCGGGUGCCGGGCCCCUGAGCUCGCCGGUGGAAAGCUGAAGGAUGUCUCGAGGGUUAUGCGGGGGGACAUCGAGUGCGAGCUAGCGGCGGCGCUGUCUAAUCCCGAAGCACCUGGCCAACAAGGCCCCGAGUCUCACGCCAAAAUAAUGGAGGCGUUCAGGACGGCGCAAGUUACCAUGAAUGGCAUCCUGCACGAGAAAUUGUCAUUCUGGACGCAGCUGCCGCGGGCGCUUGCCGGGGUGGCGCACAGGAGCGAAGAUGUUGCCGUCAGCGUUGCCCGCGAUGCCCUCCGCACAUUCGACGGUCUUAGUGGCGAAGAGACAGCGGCGGUGGCAGCCGGUGCCGAGAUGCGGUCGGAGUGCUCUGAGUCUUUCUUGAUGGAGUUAAUUAAAUUUAAGCGCAUGCCCAUCAAUGAGGUUGAUAUCGAAGGAAAGCACGCGGUCGUGACGAGGACAUCGGCUCACCUUCCCUUCGGCCCCAUCCGAGUCUCCCUGUGCAACCGCAUGAAGGUCUUCAUAGAUCAGUGUAAUCGCUGGGGCGAUGAUUGCAUCGACUCGUUUCUGAAACAUCUCGAGACGCGCCGUGGGCCCACUGCCGUCCCCGCGGCACUGGAGUUCGACCCCACCCAGAGUUGGUGGACUUUCUCCUGCGUUUCCGGGCCCAGGCCAGAGGCCGCAAGGGUCUCCGUAGAGGCAACAAGAACCACGAUCAUGAACGCGUCUUGUUGGGCCCCGUGUACAUGA